CCGGAUUUUUUUUUACCGGCACAGGCCGAUUGUGCGGGCUGCUCGACGAGGAGCACCCCCCGCCUUUCACUCCCGUUCCUGAUUUCAGCUGGCCAGUUACCUUCCCAUGUAGACAUCCGUCGAUCCAUCCCUUCGCUGCUGCUGCUGCUGCGUUUUGUCCCAGCGCCGAAAGAGUGCACCCAACCACCUCCGAAGUAUCCGGGCUCCUAGAUUUGCUACCCGUCAGCCAGGGAGUGUGAAUGUGAAUUUGUGAGGGACGAGGCGGCACAGUUCAAUUGUCGGUCUUCUCUGCUCUGCUCUGCUCGAAUUUUAUCGACAACAUGGCAACAGCGAUGGCGACCUGUGCUUCUGCCGCCAUAGCUCAGUCAGCGAAGGUCCCAGUGGCAGCGACGACGGUUGAUGUGAGGAGUUGUAGAGCAGCUUCUUGCCUAGCUCCCGUUGGUCUGAGGAUUUCUCCAGACUGUGCCGAGCUCCAGCGCGCUCAGAGUCACAAAGUUGCCGCCCACCGAAGGGCUCUUGUUGUCACCAGCGAGGCCACCAAGACCAAGACUCCCAAAACUCCUGCUGAAGCCGAAUGGAAAGUCAAACGUGAAGCACUCUUAAGGGCCAAGGUGCGAUCGGUCAGUCCGAAGGAAGCUCUGUUGCUUCAGAAAGACCAGGGAUACACCAUCAUCGACGUUCGUCCAGAGUUCGAAUUCAAUCAGGCCCAUCCUGCUGGCGCCAUCAACAUCCAGAUCUACCGAUUGAUAAAGGAAUGGACAGCCUGGGAUAUUGCGCGAAGAGCCGCAUUUGCCUUCUUCGGAAUAUUCCAAGGAACUGAAGAGAACCCAGAAUUCAUCAAGGAAGUUGCGUCGCAGUUUCCAAAGGACUCUCCAGUUCUACUAACGUGUCAAAUGGGUGGUACACUGAGGGUCAGCUCAGCAGCCAAUGAGGGCAAGGAAUCGAGAGGUGAAAGAAAAGCUGGAUAAGGAUAGCAAAAUUAUAGUUGCUUGCAUUGCUGGCGGUACAGUGAAGCCCUCUCCCAAUCUCGCUGAUGGGUCUCAGUCCAGGUCUCUCAUUGCAGCUUACCUGCUUACUCUGGAAGGAUACACGAACGUCGUGCACAUGGAAGGUGGGCUCAGAACGUGGUUCAAGGAUGAGCUGCCAACUGAGGCUGUUGUACAAGAAUGAUGAUGCCUAUGGGAACUUAGGCUGAAUUGUAUCGAGGAUCAUGGAUUCUUGUGUGAUGUAGCAACGUGAGGAUGUGGAAAUUUUGGAGGGUACUGAAAUCAUUGUAAAUCAUCGUGUGUCGUCGAAAAGAGUCGCAUCAAUUUUGUAGACUAAAAAUUUACUGUAUUUAUAUGAAGGUUAUUCAUUCAUCUUGA